AUUUUGCUUACAGGAGAGCAGAAGGUCGUGAAAGUCAACACAUACAUCGCACAUGGUUUUCUUCCUUUAGCCUCUGAAAAGGCUUUUAAUCACGUCAAGUUCAUCACUCAACUUCACCACCGUCCAUCGCAAAAUUCGGAGGAGAGUAGUAGAAGAAUACAGUGCUGGUAGCGCCAGUUGUCCAGAAGUAUGAUAAACAAUCUUGAAAGGAGCAUAACAUCUUGUGCGAUUUCAUAGAAUAAAUCUUUGUGUGAAGAUAUUGACGUGUGUAUUGGGUUAUAGGGUGUCGAUAAGUGCCAUACGAACAAGAGUAAAUAUUAAUAAAUAAUCGAAAUGGGUAGCACGGAUAAAGCUGAGAUCACGGGUUUUAUAUGCAGACUUUGCAGUAAGAUGAACCGUUUCGUGAUCCACAUAUACGGUGAAGAGGGUGAGAGAAUGAAACUUGCUGAGAAAAUAAAUGCAUAUCUUCCAAUUACGGUAAACAUGAAUGAUCCAUUACCUAAAACGGCAUGUCUACAUUGUAUUGAACGGCUUGAAGCUCAUCAUGAACUAAUGGAACAAUUUUUCUUAGUCAAACGAAGGUUAACUACUCAGAAUAAAUCAUCAACAGUUGCAUCAACCUCUACACAAACCGCUGAUACUGUACCAACAUCUAGCCCACCUCCAUGUUAACAUAUAGAAUUAAAAGCAGAAUUUCUCGCUCAAUAUUAUUAAACAUUUUCUGUAUAUCUUAUUUGUAUUGUUAUUUUAGUAAUUUAUUACUAGGGAAACAAAUUUUUUUUUGUUAAAUGAAAAGAUAUAUAUAUAAUCGAUUAAUUGAUUCAGCAAUCUAUAGAAUUAUCUUUAAAAAUUUUAUAAAAAAUUCUCUUCUUAAAAUAUGUUUGUGAUGUGCAAAUUUAAUUUACUGUAUAAACAUUUUUAUUUUUUACACCAGAUAUUACAGAUAUUUUUUAUUCAUACUAUAAUAUAAAAUAUAUGAAUAAUUAUAAUUUGUUUGUAUUUCACAUUUUCAAAAAAAUUGGAACUUUUUUUCUUGACUAGUAAUCAGCAAUAAUAAAGUUAUAGAUAUGUUUAUGUAAAAGAUAUAUCCAAUGAAUAUUUUUAAGCAUGUUUAAUAAUGUUCAGAUUAUUGAAUUAAUAUUUUAUUUGAUGUAUCUUGUAUAGUUUUUAUUAAUAGAAAUUUUUAAACAUCUUUUAAUACUCUAGGAUAAUAUUGUUUCUUUAAUAGAUCUAUAUUGCUGGUGUACAAAGAUAAAUAGAUAGAUAUGUCAAAGUGAUUUCUUAGAAUAUUAAAUGAUGUUAUAUUAUACAAUUGAAUGUAAAAAUAAGAAAUUUAGUUGGCAAAGUUUUUAAUAAUAUUAUCUAUUAGAUACAUACAAGAUUGUCAAUACUAAUGUACAUUAAACCAAUCAUGUUUCCUUUGCUAUUAAAUAUCAAUAGUUUUAAUACGUCAACUUUUAUAUAUAAUAAUAUGGUACAAAGUAUAAUGACAAAAGUAUCUGCAUAAUUAUAUUAUAUUAACAUAUAUUAUUCCACAGAGUUUAACAAAAUUUGAAUGUUUACCUCUAAGUUGCAAUAUAAUAAAUAAUUUAUAAAAAUUUUUAAAUAUAUAGAACUUUGAUUAAUUACAGUAUUUUACAUUAUAAAAACCAAAAAUCUUUAUAAAAAUGACACAAGGAUAAAUGAUACUACUAUAAUUUGUUAAGAUUAUUUAUUUCUUAACAAUAUUUGCUAACACAAUUAAAUGUUAUGUGGAACAAUAUUAUUGGUUGGCGACACAAUCCAUAUUGUGCUUACUAUAUGUAUUAUUUGACAUGUAAUUCAUCAUUUACAAAGAGAAAAUUUGUUUUUAGAAGACAAGGUUGUGUUCGUCACUCAAUCAUUAUUGUAAAGCCUUAAAUAUUUUAACGUUAUUUGAGAAAUUUUACUUUAUUUUACCUUUUUAUUUAAUAUAUCAUUAUCACUGCAUAAGAAAAGACAAUAUAAAUUUGUUAUAUCUGUGAUCAAUAUGUGUAUAUAAUAUUUUACCUAUAAAUGUAGCCAAUAUUCUCAAAUUAAUGACUGAUAACCUGUAUAAUAGUGUUUUCCUAUAAAUAUUACUGCCUAAAUGUAAAUUGCAAAUAAUAAAUUAUAGUAAUGAA